CGCGGGGCGGAGCGCGUGACGUCACCACGCAGGGGCGGGCCCCGACCCCACAGCAGGGGCUGCGGAGCUCGGGGGGGACGCUCCGGGGGGCUGCGGCUCGCGAGACCGCCGGGCGUGUUCUCGCGAGACUUCCGGGCUCUCUCCUCAGUCAGCUUGAGCCAGAUGCAUGUUUUACACAGCAUGUACCUGAGGAGUUUUGCUCGUGCCCCUUCCCUGCUCUGUGCUGGGAUUCAGCAGCGCCCACGGGGUUUAAUUUGGUGGAGACAAUCAGGAUGGUGCCAUUAUAAAGCCGUGAUCUUCGAUGCAUGUGGAGUGCUUCUCCCAUCCCCUUACAAGACAGCCACAGACUGGGAAGCCCGGUAUUGUGUUCCAGCCGGCACCGUCCAGCAAGCUAUACUCUCUGGAGGGGAAAAUAGUCUCUCUCUGAAGUACACAAGAGGAGAUCUGACAACUGUGGAGUUUUUGCAGGAAUUGGGGCAGCAGUGCUUCAAGAUCGCAAAUGUCUGUGUUCCAGUGGACUCUUUUCUCUUGGACCUAAUCAGAAAUGAGAUGAUAAAACAGCUCCCCAUAAUGGCAGAAGCAGUACAGUGUAUCCGUGCAGAAGGUCUGAAGACAGCUCUUCUAAGCAACAACUUCUGCCUGCUGAAUGGAGAGAGCUUUCUGCCCCUGGACCAAGAACACUUCGAUGUGUUGGUUGAAUCUUAUCGGGAUGGAACGCACAAGCCAGACCCUCGUAUCUACAAGUUAUGCUUGGAGCACUUGGGUGUUCAGCCCCAGGAAUCCAUCUUACUCGACAACAGCAGCCAGAACCUAAAAGCAGCAGCCCAGCUUGGCAUUAAAACAAUGAAGGUCAAUGAUCCAGAAGCAGCCCUCAAAGAGCUGGAAACCUAUCUGGGUUUUCCUUUGCAAGGGUUUGUUCCAUAUACUCGUUCAGUGAGACCAAGCAUGGAAAUCCCAAAAGAUCAUCUGCAAAAGUACCUUGAAAAUGUUCUCAGUGACCGGGCAAGAGGCCCGCUAGUGUUACGGCAGUUUGGCCACGGACAGUCUACCCAGACCUAUUCCGUCAAGUUUGGAGAUCGCUUACUAGUGCUGAAGAAGGAGCCCUCUGCUAGCCUGCAUCCCCCAGGCUCUGCUGUCAGAAGGGAAUACAGGAUACUGAAGGCACUCUCUGAGGCUGGUGUUCCUGUUCCCACUGUACUUGCUCUCUGCGAGGACGGAAGCAUCCUGGGGACACCUUUCUAUCUGAUGGAGCACUGUGCUGGCCGUAUCUACAGUGACAUCUCCCUCCCUGAGCUGCAGCCUCAUCAGAGGGAGGCUAUUUAUGCUGCCAUGAGUCAAGUCCUCUCCAAGAUCCACAGUGUAGACCUCAGAGCAGCCACACUGGAAGACCUCAGGGAGCAUGGUAAUUACAUUCAGAGGCAAGUAGAGACCUGGACAAAGCAGUAUCGAGCUAUGGAAACUCGUGUUAUCCCAGCCAUGGAGAGACUCAUUGACUGGCUGCCUCUGCAUUUUCCUGAAUCUCAGAAGACGACAGUCGUGCAUGGUGAUUUCAGGAUGGACAACCUGGUCUUUCAUCCAGACAGGCCAGAAGUCCUUGCUGUCCUUGGCUGGAAGCUUUCAACUCUAGGAGAUCCCAACUCUGAUUUGGCGAAUAACUGUAUGGCCUACUUCCUGCCACGUCACUUUAAUGCACUGAGAGGAUUGAGGAAGCGUGAUUUGGGGCACCUGGGAGUCCCCACAGCAGAGGAGUAUUCCCAGAUGUACUACAGCCACAUGGGAGUGGAGCGCCCCGAGAACUGGAAUUUCUACAUGGCCUUUGCCUUUUUCCGACUGGCUGCAAUGCUGCAGGAACUCUACAAACGCUCUCUGGCAGGGAGGCCAGUCCCAGGUGAAAGCAGCCCAGAGGAUGUGGAAUUUGUGGCUGACUUGGCUUGGGAGUUCGCCAUAAAAGAAGGAUUCCGUGUCUUUGACAGCCUCCCUACCACAAAACCACUUGCACGACGACAUUAUAGCACCUGGGCCAGGCGAGGACCUUUCCUCUGCAGGAGCUAUGGUACCUGGCCACAUCCCGGGGCAGCUCCUGAGCCCAAAGUCCAUCUGGACACUCCUCUCACCAGUCUGUUGGGGAUGGCCCAGCAUCUUGGCUGCAAGCUGGAAAAGAUCAUGGGUGUUCAGUGGAGUUUUCUGAUUCCCCAGCCCACAUGGGCCCUACGUCCUGUUCUAGAACUCAAGAAACCAGCAAACCCCAGCAUUUCAGGGUGCUCAGCAGCUGAUCCUCUGAAAAGGUGGAAAAGGAAGGGAAGCAGCAGCUCUAGGUCUCUGGAGCAGAGCAUCACUGCAGUGCAGACCCCAGCCUGGUGCUUCACUCGGACCUGAGCUCCACGUCUGGCUGAAAGUCCCACCUGGUUGACAGAACAGUGCUCUCCACACCAGAGCUGAGCCACUGCGCGUGGCACUGAGGAGCCUUGCACGUGAGACUAAAGCAGCCUCUCUGGCAUGGGAGGGGCUGUGCUAACAGCACCCUGAGGACUUUAGAAUUUCAGUGGUGCUUGCUGUUAUAUCUGGGCUCCGUGCCUUUAUUGCCAGGCUCAGUAGAUGUGGGGAAAAUCCAUCCCUGGAUCACAGGGCUGCAGGCAGUCAAUACCAGCCUAGCAGGGGGGAGAGUUGGUCAGGAAUGACUGGGUUGGGGUGAGAGACUCGACUGUGGAAAUAAAGAGAAUGGAGCAGGGUUCAGCACAACACCUCCAGCUGCAUGCAGACUCUAGAAGGACUCCAGUCAGUGGUGGUGGGAAUUGAAUCAGGUUCUUGAGGACUCGUGGCUUCAGGGGAGACUCUGGAGCUGAGGCAGUGCUUGGCCUCUGGAGCUGGGAGGAACUGGGAGGACUGCAUGGGAUCUCUCUGGGUUUCUUUGGGGAUCAGAGAGGAUGCAGGCUGGAUUGAUGGGGCUUUCAGUGUUUCGCAGAGGCCAGCAGCAAGAAGAGAACCGUGGGAACGAGCAUGGGAAUUCCUGGGUGCUUUAUGUGUAGUCUACUAUUAAUUCAAUAUUAAAGUAAUCAACACACUUCUUCGGCUUCUCCAGUGCGGGUGCAGCCUCACAGCCCCCUUUCACAAGGCCACAUCCACCUGCCCAGGGUCACCACCACAUUCCUGCUCUCAGAGGAAUGUGGGGUGCUGCUGCGAAGGAGCCCUUCAGUGGCUGCGCUGGCUGCUCAGCACCAGGACAAUGGAGCUCCAGGGAAGCCUUGUCACCUGAGCUUUGGUUCCUCCCAGGCUCCAGGGUGAAAUUCUGCCUCCCCUCCAGACACUUGGCUAUGGUAUGAAGGGGGAGGGAGCCUGUUUCUGAGCCUGUAUCAGCCCGGCUUGGACAGUUGGAUGGUUUCCUAGCAGGCACCUGGCCUUUGCGCCUCCCACUGUCUCAUCUUUCACGUGGGCUCAAUCUCAGGCAGCUGUGCCAGGGCUGAGAGUUGGAGGCUGAGAGCUGCGUCUGCUGUGAAGGUGUUUCCUCCAUUGUGUGUGGUUUUAGUGCUGCUGCAUUUGCUAAGCCCCAGGGAAGGGUCCUGCUCCAGAAGAGCAAAAGCAUUAAUACGGGGUUAAUGCCCAAUGUCAUCAGUUGUCCAUCCAGGUAUCAGCAGAAGACACCCAGGACAGCAUAUGGGAGCUUAGCCCUGAUCAAGGCUUGGCUGGAGCUCAGCUCUCACCUAUGCCCUGUGGAUACGCAGCCUGACACGGUCCCUCUGGGAGACACGAUGCACACAGGCACGUCCCUUGGUCUCUACGGGUAAAACAGGUCUUUCUGGCACCACCCCAAAGUGGUUUAAU